GAAUCAACAAGCUACUGCCAGGAGUGGUAACAGAGCUGCACCCGCUAACAGCCGACUGUUGGCCAACGAAAGUGAGAGUUCGUAUAAGAGAGAAAGUUCCGGCGGGAGAGUUUCCCCACCCAGCUCUUUCUGUCUCUCUGCCGACCAACUGUUAAUCCGAGGGAAAUUGCAGCUGGGAAAACGGCAGCAGACCGCAACACGCAUCAGGCAUCAGGCCAAUCGGGCGACGAACCUGAAAGCCGAGCACCGAGCGCAACUGGGAAAACGAGCGACUCUGCAGUCGGAAAACUCGCAUCGGAAAACUCGCAUGCACCACAACAAAAUUCGCCGGCUAAUGCGGCGCGCAGUAUGCAAAACAAUGCCGGAACGUGCAGUUCAGCCACUGAACCACUAAACCACUAAACCCAAACUACGAACAAACCCAGGGCAAAGUCAACAAAACUUUCGCCAGCGCCAAAAACUAAAUUGUGAUAAAAGUGUGCGAAAAACAAACCGAACGAGAAAAUAGGAGGAAAAGUUGGGCGGGAAAUACACAACCCCGGGGGUUUUCUGGCUGCCUGCUUCUGAUGCAAAUUAGCAGCCAAAACGCAAGGAAAAUAAACAAUAUUUUACACAAAUAAAUCGGACAGAGAGUGAAAAAUAACAUUAGCGGGAAAUACGAGAAAUUGCAGAAGCGUUUGCCAAAUAUUUUGAGAACCCCAAAAAGUGCGUGCUGUGCCAUUUUAUCGGAACCGAGAGGAUGAGUGGCUAGAUGACACAAUAUAUUCAAGCGGAACGCCAGCAUGCGAAACCAUAACGAAAGAGGGCAACUCCAGGGGAAAACUGAUUAAAAUAAUUAAAUUUAAAUAGCGGGGAGGUUGAAAAAUGUUUACGUGGCUGAUGAUGGGCAUUCUGCAGCUGGCAAACGGGGAUAUGACCCCCGAUUCAUAUGUGAACACCACAAAUUGGUAUAAUUCCAACGAGAGCUUAUUUACCACGGAACUGAACCAACGAUGGGUUAGUGGUAGCUCCACAAUUCAGCCGGAGGAGCCUCUUUAUGGCACCGAACUGCCCACCUAUCAGCACUGCAUAGCCACCCGGAACUCCUUUGCCGACCUGUUCACCGUGGUGCUCUAUGGAUUUGUUUGCAUUAUAGGAUUAUUUGGCAAUACCCUGGUUAUCUAUGUGGUGCUUCGCUUUUCCAAAAUGCAAACGGUCACGAAUAUCUAUAUCCUGAAUCUGGCGGUGGCAGAUGAGUGCUUCCUGAUUGGAAUACCCUUUCUGCUGUACACGAUGAGAAUCUGCAGCUGGCGGUUCGGGGAGUUCAUGUGCAAGGCCUAUAUGGUCAGCACUUCGAUCACCUCCUUCACCUCAUCGAUAUUCCUGCUCAUCAUGUCCGCGGAUCGGUAUAUAGCCGUGUGCCACCCGAUCUCCUCACCCCGAUACCGAACCCUGCAUAUAGCCAAGAUAGUAUCUGCGAUUGCUUGGUCAACCUCAGCGGUCCUGAUGCUCCCGGUCAUCCUGUAUGCCAGCACUGUGGAGCAGGAGGAUGGCAUCAACUACUCCUGCAACAUAAUGUGGCCAGACGCGUACAAAAAGCACUCGGGCACCACCUUCAUACUCUACACAUUUUUCCUGGGAUUCGCCACUCCACUGUGUUUUAUCCUCAGUUUUUACUAUCUGGUCAUAAGGAAACUGCAGUCGGUGGGUCCCAAACAGGCCACCAAGUCCAAGGAGAAGAGGAGGGCUCAUCGGAAAGUCACCCGACUGGUUCUGACGGUAAUAAGUGUAUACAUUUUUUGCUGGCUUCCCCACUGGAUUUCUCAGGUUGCCUUGAUUCACUCGAAUCCCGCUCAGAGGGACCUCUCUCGGCUGGAGAUACUCAUAUUUCUGCUUUUGGGAGCUCUGGUUUAUUCCAAUUCGGCCGUGAAUCCCAUACUCUAUGCCUUCCUGAGCGAGAACUUCCGGAAGAGCUUCUUCAAGGCCUUCACCUGCAUGAACAAGCAGGAUAUUAACGCUCAGCUGCAGGUGGAGCCCAGUGUUUUCACCAAGCAGGGCAGCAGAAAGCGGGGUGGUUCCAAGCGCCGGUUGUCCACCAAUCCACAGAUGCCUCCGCUGCUGCCAAUGACUGCUGGUAACAACAAUUCAUCGACCACCACAUCCUCGACCACGACGGCGGAGAAAACUGGAACCACGGUGACGCAGAAAUCCUGCAAUUCCAAUGGCAAAGUGACAGCUCCGCCGGAGAACUUGAUUAUUUGUUUGAGCGAGCAGCAGGAGGCCUUUUGCACCACCGCCAGGAGGUCAUCCGGUGCAAUGCAGCAAACAGAUUUGUAACCCAGUUUUAGCAAGAAUUUCCUAUAAAUAAAACGAUAAAAACACUUUAAUAUAUUGUAAUACAAAGUAUAUACAGCAUUUAAUAGAUUUUGUAAUCAUUUUCUACCACAACACAUCUGAAAACUCGCGAUAAAUAUAAUGAAUUGAGACUAAGCAGUAUUAAUUGUGUCUAAAAAUUUAAAACCAUAAUUGGAUUCGAAAAAAAAAAGAUCAAGGAUCCUUAACCGCACAACGAUAUACCAGCAAUAUAUGGCAGUUGAAGGGAUUGAAAAAGAUUACAUUAAGUACGACAAAACAGAUAUUAAAGUGGUAAUAGUUUAUUUUCUAGGCUUGUUCUAAGAAACGUUUUAUAAUAGAAUAUAAAUUUGAUGAUUGUUCUAAGUUGCAUUUCAAAAUGAUAUAUAAAUAACCGCACGCAUGUAUUUGGAUAUUUUACUGCCAGUAAAACUUUUACCCUAAGACAUAAAUGAAUUUUCUAGCCCCUUCCUAAUAAUACACGUGAACUUUAAAUGCAUUCUUGUUUCAGAAACUUACCUUAACUAAAGAAAAUGUUUGCUUCUGUAGUAUAUUUAAUAAUUAUCCAAUUAAGUAAUCACACCGAUUUAUGCAAUUAAAAACGAAUUAGACGGGAUUGCGUAAAAUAAGUAGCUUAGCCAGAAGUAAGUCAGCUCGUAAAAUGUGAAACAAAAAACUUUUUAUGAGGGCACCCGACGAAGGAUGAAACCAGAUGAGUCAACGCGGGUGUCGAAGGCUGGGUUUUAAUUCAAAAAUCAAGGGGAAAAACUAGAGUAUACACAUUUUUAAAUAAAUAAAUAUUCCCUUAUAAUAGUUGUAUAUAUAUGUACUAUAUAUAUAUAUAUGCUAAGAUGCGACUGUGUUAAUAUUGAUGUGAGUAUGCUUUUGUGGGUAAUACUAAAUAAUUAAAUUAUGUUUGUUUGACAAACAGCAUCUCAUGAAACGAGCUGAAUAUUCUGUACUUUAUGCUAAGGAUUUAAA